AUGGAUGGUGUUGCUCUGCAGUGCGAGCGGCGUGGCCUCACAAAUGCGGCGACGUGGCUGAGUGAGAUGAGCCUGCACGCACUGCCGUCGCUUCUCGCGACCCCGCUGCAGGCGUGCUCAUACGGUGGCCACGGUGGCAACUCUCUUUUCAGCCCUCUUCACCGUGCUAUACAUUUGGAUAGCGGUGUAUUCGGCGAUCACGCCAUAGCAGGAGGUGUGCGUUCCACCCCCUCCGCCGGCUGGCAACGCCUGCACCGAGUCGCGCUGGGGUACUUCAUCAAGGGCGAGUAUCAGCGCUGUCAUCAUCUGAUUCUGCGUGAGGUGAUGCGAAACACGGCUGUUGGCAGCAGCUGCGGCGUCCCCUUGCCUUCGACAACGCAGAGGACAUGGCCCAUGCCGGCGGGUGAGGUGCCUGACAAUGAAGGGGGCCUCUCCUUGCCUCUGCCAGAGGUGGUCCGUGGGUUCCGAACGACGACGCUGCCCCCUCUUCUCCAGUUCCUCAGCCUCUACGCCCUCUUCAUGGAUGGUGUGAAGGCGAAGCAGCUGAGUAACAAUGCCUCCCAGGGCGGCGGCGCAGAAAGUAGCAGCAUGGGCCGCGGUGGCCAGCAGCGAGCGUUGCACCCGCACGCACGAGUGCUGCGUGCUUACCUCCUCGAAGCGAUGCGCAACCCAGUGAACAUGCUAAACUUGCCGAGCUCUAAUAACAGCGACCCUGAGCCGCAGCAUGGAGACGGUGGCGACGACGGGGCAGCGCUGCACGUCGCCGUGGGAGGAGCUCUUCCAGGCGCUCACCACACGUCGAGCGCGAAGCGUCCGUGGACGACAUCUAGCGCGGUGUGGCUGGCGAGCCGCGCCGUCUCAGCGGCAACGACAACCGGCACAGCUGCUGUGAUGACCGCAGGCGCCUCUGCCUCUCGGCCCGCGGCAACAAAGCCGGCCAGCUGCACGCACGAUACAGCCUCCCCUUGCACUGCUGCCUCGUCCGUCUUCUCGAACGUCUCUCCAGCCGGCUCUCCAGCCGCGAAAGCAGCGGCAGUGCAAGGCGGCGAAUCGGAAGCGGCACCUACGUCGGACUUGUUGCAUAUAGAUCCGUACCUGUCGUGGCUCAUGGGUGUAGUGCUGCGGGAACUUCGCAUGCGCCAGGAAAGUGCGACGUUUCUGCUGGCGGCGGUGAGUGUCAACCCACUACUGCGGUGCGCCUGGGAAGACCUCGCGUGCCUCGUGAGUCGUGAGACCCAGCUGGCCGAGCUGGACGCCGCCCUUGAUGGGCUAGAGCCGUUUUUCAUGGUGGACAUCUUCGCUGCCGAGGUGCGGGGGCUGCUAGGGGUAACGCCGGUGUCAUCGGCGCGACUGCGCAUCGCCGCUGCUGCCGCCUCGGCUCCAAGCGACGGGUUCGAGCCGUCGCCGCCUUGCUCUGCGCCACCCGAAGGACACGCCGCUACCACCACCGCCACCGCCGCCAAAGCCGGCACGCGCACGUCGCCGCUGCUGCCGCCGCCACGAACCAACGCCGGCGCAACGCCGCCCAUCCCCGCUGCCGCGCUGUCCAACGCGUGGGAGUGCUUCUCUCUGCUGUUCCCUGACACGCCGUUCUGCCUCAGCCAGCUCGCACACUUCUACUACCACCAACGCAACCGUCUCGACCGGGCAGAGGCGCUCUACCAGCGUAUUCGCGCCCUCGACCCGCACUACCUCGCCAUCCUGUACGACUAUUCGAACGUGCUCUACACGAAGCGCGAUCGUUUGGGCCUCAGCAGCCUCGCACAGUCGGUCUACCAGGCGGACGCGUUCCGGGCUGAGACGAACUUUGCUGUGGGGAACUAUUACGUGCUGCUCGGUCAGCAUGACCGGGCUGCGUUGCACUUCCAUCGCGCGACCGCGAUCGACCCGCAGUGCGCGGAGGCGUGGCUGCUGCUUGGGCACGCCUACGUGGAGGUGAAGAACACGACAGCCGCCGUGGAGGCUUACAGGACGGCUGUCGAGCUCAACGAGCGCGAUUACCGCGGUUGGUACAACUUGGGACAGAUCUACGAGUUGCUGGAGGCGUACCACCAUGCUCUUUACUACUACUGGCACACCACGUCCCUGCGCCCGGCGGAUCCGGGGAUGUGGGUGGCGGUGGCCAACUGCUUGGAGCACGAUGGUCGCAUUGCCGAGAGCAUUGCCUGCCUAGAACGCGCAGAGACGUACGACUCGAGCUCCUCGCCGAGCUACCCGGCGUACGUGCGGCGGAUCGCUACGCACCACAUCGCCAACUCGAGCUACACACGUGCCUGUGUGUACCUGGAGAAGCUCGCACAAAGCCCCGCGGCGUCCACGGAGGACCUUCUUCUCGCACUCCCCUUUAUCGUUCAACAUUACGUGCAGCGAGCGCGGAGCUCAGUUGAGGGGUUUGCUCGCUCCUCGAGCUACGACACGGUACUCUUCUCGCCUGGCGCGAAUAAUGUGUCGCUGAUGUCGUCGCCAGCAUCGGGUGCGGUGGCGGCGGGCCGGACCGCCCUGCACCACGCGCGCGCUGCUGCGGCACUGCAGCACCUCAACAAAGCUGAAGAGCAUCUCAGCACCAUGGCGGAGCUUGUGAUGCCAUCCGGCCACAACGGUGCCGGCAACGAGGAGGCAGCCCAGACGCCAGCAACGUCGGCUGCGGCUGGCGAGAGCGAGCAGGGCGGUGCAGAGAACACCGCGCCGCAGAGAGCUGCAGAGGAUGCACCUCAUAGACGACGGACGCGUCAGCCGCGCAGCGGCGCAGCCGCCAACGCCUCCGUCUCUGCGUCGGCUUCGGCGGCGCUCGCUGCUGUUGCGGCGAGCACGGCGCCGAGUGCCGGUGAUGUGCCGCCGGUGGCGUUUGUCCGCAGUCGCCACCAAGAGAUUGGCAUGCUGAGAGCGCAGGCGAUGCAUCUUCUUCAAAUCGGAGCGGGCGCAAGCGGCUCGACCAUCCCCGUGGCAGCAUCGGCCUCCGCCUCUGUGGCGACACAGCCGUCAUCUUCGUCAUCGCAGCAGCAGCAGCAGCAGCAGCAGCAGCGGCAUCAGCAGCACAGGAACCCGUUUGUGUCGCAGCUGCUGGGCCGCUACCAGUAG